AUGUUUUGUCUUAUGAGUCCACCUGUGGAAAAUUCCGUAGUCCAAAUAGACCAGGAUCGCUGGUUACUAGGCGACGCAAUGGCCAAAGCAUGGCGAACUGAGAUGCAACUGGAAAGCGACACAAUUCAGUUUGUUAACCGAGUCUCGUCGCUCCCUACCCCAAAGAUCGUCUACUCGUGGAUAGAUACUUAUUGGAGUCGCUCGUUUCUCAUUCUGGAAUCAGUGAAAGGAAAGACCCUAGCUCAGGCGUGGGAUACAUUGUCUUCUGAUCGCCGUACUCAACUCGCAAGUACAGUUGCACGUUUUUGCAAGGCUCUGGCGGCCAUGACAUCGGGAAGACUAGAGACGGCGGAUGGCACAGGCAUAGUCGAACCAUUUCUGAUAGCGCGGCCUCCGGACUCCGAGCCUUCGUGGAAGCCACAGUUUCUAGGUCCGUAUUCUAUCGAGCUGCUUCAGUCUUAUCUCGCGGACCCUUCGGCCACCAAGUCCAGGGCUAUAGCACCCUUUCUCUUCUACUACGUUGACCUUGGACCGGGAAAUAUAAUCGUCGAUGACGAUGGAGAUCUCGUUGCGAUUCUCGAUUGGGAAUCUGCAGCGUUUCAUCCUAUGUUUUGGCUCGGAACGAAGCCAUUGCUUUCUGCUGGCUUUCUUCUCCCUAACGGGGAUCGAAAGGCAUGGGCAAUUCUACUUACAAAAGCACUGGAGCUAGAGGGAUUUGCACCGGAUAUGGACCGAUAUUUGACAUGGAAAAGAGCUAUCGGUAAAAAUUUGAUUGUUAGUGCCUAA